UGCGCUGUGCUCUGUCCUGCAGAGGCUGGCGGUGUGCCUUGAAGAGUCCAUUUAUAUCCACAACAUCAAAGACAUGAAGCUGCUCAAGACUCUGCUCAACACUCCGUCCAACCCCUCAGGUCUCUGUGCUCUCUCUAUCAACCACUCCAACUCCUACCUGGCGUACCCCGGCAGCGCCACCACCGGGGAGAUCAUAGUGUAUGAUUCCAACAACUUGAACACAGUGACCAUGAUCCCGGCUCACGACAGUCCUCUGGCAGCUCUCAGCUUUAACGCCUCGGCCACCAAACUAGCCAGCGCCUCAGAGAAGGGAACCGUCAUCAGAGUGUUCUCCAUUCCUGAGGGCCUGCGUCUGUUCGUGUUCCGCCGGGGUAUGAAGAGGUACGUCAAUAUAAGCUCCUUAUCCUUCAGUCCUGACGGUCAGUUCCUCUGUGCAUCCAGCAACACAGAGACGGUGCAUAUCUUCAAAAUGGAUCAACUGGGACCAAGUGGAGGGGACGAGGCGGCCACCUGGACAGCCUACGUGGGGAAGAUGUUCUCAGCAGCCAGCAGCUACCUCCCGGCUCAGGUCUCGGGCAUGAUGAGCCAGGACCGGGCCUUUGCCAUCGUCCACCUGCUGACAUCCGUCCAGAGGAACGUCUGCACCAUGGCUAUAUUCUUUACCUUCCCUCUCAGGCUUUUUGGUAUAGAUGAUAACGUGGACGAAGGAGACGAGUCAGAGGGGUCAGAGGUCACAGGGCCAGCACAGGCGUGUCCAUCCUAUGCUGCGACCGCUGCCUUACCAGUCUCUGGUCCCACCACUGCUACCCUCACUGGCUACUCUGAAGAUGGCGGGGCAAAGAAAGGCCAAGUCAUUCCAGAACACGAGUUUGCUGCUGGACCUGUGUGUCUGGACGACGAGAACGAGUUUCCUCCUAUUAAUUGGUGCCGAGACGGGACUGGAGGUGGCCCGGCCAGGCGCUCCUGAGUGGGUAGAAGGACAGACACAGGCACUAGUGGGAUGAACAGCAAAAACAAGUAUUUCAUGGUGCCAAGUUUUUAUCCACUUGAGAGCAAGUACUAUGGAUUAACAUACAAGGUGACAUGGGAAACCAAACACUGACCAAGAAUGACAUUUUAAUUAGUAAUCCAGAGAGAGCCAGGUUCUGGUCCUCAUGUUACGUAAUGCUAAAGAUACACUUCUGAUUUAGUCACAGCACCUAUAGACCUAUAAACUUCCUCUGUACUGUUGAGUUUCAUCUGUAACCUUGGAACUAUAAUCAGGGAGUUUGUGUUCGGGGAGUGUUUCCUGGAAGUAUGAGGUGCAUGCUGGAGCAGAAAUAUAACCACAACUUUCAUAGCUUUUUUACUUGAUGAAUAUAUUUAGUAAGUUGCAUUACUGUAGCACAUUUAUUUUCUCAUUAACACUAUUUUUGUUCACUUCCAUGAUAAAGAAUUUUUUUAAUUUGUAUUCUGUCUUUGACUGCAUUGACAUGUAGUAGAUGUUUCAGUGUACGCCCCCUGGUCAAUUUCAGAAGGUGUGUAUGUGCUGUAUAUUUGUUUGUGCCUAUUAUCAUUUGGAGAAGAGCAAAUUAUUUUAAAGAAUUGCACAAGACCAAAA